AGAAAAACAUUGGGGCUAAACUAGGAAACAUAAUUUUACAAAACUAAAAAAAAAAAAAAAAAGUCUCUCACGCGUCCGUCUUCGGAUAGAGAGAGAAAUGAGAAGACUGACACAUCGUUCCAUCCCACUGAGGAAUAUCGCCGAGCACUUAAACUGCAAAACCUUCCUCAAACCAAUCUCUUCUCUCCCCAAUCCAAAACCGGAAUCACGAGAACCCUCCUCGACCCAAGACCCGUACUCCCUCCUCAAGCAAGACCCGGUAGAAAUCUGCCUCUCCCUCUGGGUCAAAUCCUUCUCCUCUCCUCCCUCCUCCACUUUCUCCAACCUCACAGGCUUCCUCUCCAAAUUCGACCUAUGGAUCCUCGCCUACCAGCGAACCUGCGCUCACGUCACCGGAACCUUCCCGCCUCGCAGCGCCAUCCAGUUCAAAGCCCUCCGCUCGCUCCUCUCCCUCCAGCAAGCCGUCACGCGCUCCGGCGGCAAGUUCCGCUGGAACGACAAGAUGAACCAGCUCGUGAGGAGCCCUAGCGAGAAAGGAGCCUCGGCGAGGAGGAUGAUGGAGUCCGAAGAACCGAUUUUUCAGGACCGUGUGGUUCACGAGGUGCUGUUGAUGGUUGUGGAGCCGUUCUUUGAAGCUAGGUUUUCGAGUAAGAGUCAUGGGUUUAGACCUGGGAGGAAUCCGCAUACUUUGAUUAGAACUGUUAGGAGUAACUUCGCUGGGUACUUGUGGUUUAUUAAAGGUGAUGUUAGUGAGGUUUUGGAUCGUGUUGAUGUCGAUGUGGUGAUGGCUUGUCUUCAGAAAGUUGUUAAAGAUAGGAAAGUCCUCGGCUUGAUCGAGUCUUCCUUGAGAAUGGGUGAUAAUAGAGUGACGAUGAAUCGUGUUGUUGAAGAAAAUGGCAAUGAUGGUUUGGGAGCUAAGAGGCGGAUCGAGCGUGAGAAGAGGAUGAGGACGAAGAAGAAGAUUUUAAACGACGAUGAGCCAAAGCCUGAUCCGUAUUGGCUGAGGACUUUCUACAGUUUUGCUCCUAAGGAAGCUGCGAAGGUUCCUUCUUAUGGCUACUGUGGCAUACUGAGUCCUUUGCUUGCUAAUGUGUGUCUUGAUGAGCUUGACCGGUUUAUGGAAACGAAGAUAGUUGAGUAUUUUAAGCCUUGUAAAGACGAUUCCAUAUGGAAGGAGUCUAUUGAAGAUGGCUGUCAUAACCCUGCCUGGCCUGAGUUUGUUCCCUCCAGUGGGAAGGAGAAAACUAGGAAGAUGGAUUACAUUAGGCAUGGAGGUUAUUUCCUGAUUGGGAUUAGAGGGCCUAGAGAGGAUGCUGUAAAGACGCGGAAGGAAGUCAUUGAGUUUUGCGAUAGAGUUUUCGGUUUGAGGUUGGAUAAUUCUAAGUUAGAGAUUGAACAUAUAAGCAGGGGGAUUCAGUUUCUCGACCACAUUAUCUGCCGUAGAGUUAUUUACCCUACUCUGCGUUACACUGGAAGUGGAGGCAGCGUUGUGAGUAAGAAGGGCGUUGGAACGCUGCUCUCUGUGUCUGCUAGCUUAGAGCAAUGCAUCCGGAAAUUUAGGCGGCUUGCUUUUGUUAAAGGAGACAAAGAUCCCGAGCCUUUGCCUUGUAACCCGAUGCUUUAUUCAAGCCAGUCUCAUAGUAACUCUCAGAUGAAUAAGUUUCUUGAAACGAUGGCUGAUUGGUACAAAUAUGCAGACAACCGCAAGAAGGCUGUUGGGUUCUGUGCUUAUGUGAUUAGAAGCUCUUUGGCUAAACUAUACGCUGCAAGGUAUAGGCUUAAAUCUCGUGCCAAAGUGUACAGCAUAGCCACAAGGGAUCUUAGCCGUCCAUUAAGUGAGAGCAGCAAAAACUCUGCACCUGAGUACUCUGAUCUUCUCAGGAUGGGACUAGUAGAUGCUAUAGAUGGAGUUCAGUUCUCUCGCAUGUCUUUGAUUCCAUCUUGUGAUUAUACUCCAUUCCCUAGGAACUGGAUACCAAACCAUGAGCAAGUUUUGCAGGAGUACAUCAAGUUGCAAGACCCUAAAUUCUUCUGUGAGUUGCAUAGGUCGAUAAAACGCAAGGGCCUAACCUUGCCUCAGGAUGAGAUCUCAGAGGUUGUGUGGGAUUUUAAGACUCUUGGUGCUUGGAGAUCAAAGUGUGAGAGUAAAAGAGAAGCAGAUGAUGGGUUGGAGAAAAUAGACUCACCACCAUGAUUAUAUACCAUGGCCUCUUUUAAAGAGUUGAUCUUUGAUACACCAGAGACAGUAUAUGCAUCUUCCUUCACAUUUAGCCACUGAGUCGAUUCUUAUAUGUUGAUUGGAAGCUCACUGUUAUACUUCAAGGCAUGAAUUUCAGAACUUGGUUCUUUCACAUUAUGAUCCAUUAAUAAUUCUCUGUAAAAAGGAUUCUCUUUAUGAUAUUAAUCAAACUUUCUGUUGAUAUGGAACAGUUUCUGUUC